AUGACGCCGACCCCACCAUCGACCAACUCAUCGACGACCGGUCGCUCGCCCGAGGAGCAGUAUCGCGUUGUGCGCAAGAGGAAUCGUGUCCCGCUCAGCUGCUACCCAUGCCGCACGCGCAAACUCAAGUGCGACAGGAGCCAUCCAUGCAGCAACUGUACGAGGCGCGAGGGCGCGGACACGUCGUCGUGCUCGUACGCGACGCCGGUGAAUCGCAAAAAGGGUCGUUCGCAGGGCGAGUUGAGUCCGGAUGACAUGCAGAACCGCAUCGAUCGGCUUGAGGGCCUGGUGCUGUCGCUCAUGCACAAUGGCGGCAAUGUGGACGCCGACACGGCAGCCGCAGUCACAGCAGCUACCGCCACCCGUAGCAACAGCAACAGCAACAGUGGUAAUAAUAACCGUGGGCGGCAGCCGACGUCGCGGUCAAUCACCGACAGCGGCAGCUCGUCGAUCAGGGCGGGUGGUGCCCGUGACGACAGGGCCGUCACGCACGAUGACGGGAGCGACGACGACUACGGGCUCAUCUCGUCCCUGGGCACGCUCAAGGUGGACGUCGACAAGGGCAAGUCCAUGUACAUGGGGCAGGAGCACUGGCACAGCAUCCUGGCCGAGAUCACCGAGGUGAAGACGUAUUUCACCAAUCACAAGAAGGAGCUCGAGGCGAGCUUCGAGCGCAUGCAGUCGUCGAAGCCGGUCGACGUGCGUGGGGGCCCGACGCUGCUCUUGGGUGCUGCCCCGGCUUCCGAGGCAGAGCUGCGCAACGGGCUACCCUCGCGGUCCGACGUGGCCACGCUGUGCAACCGCUUCUUCAACUCGAUGGACAACGCCGUCAGUAUCCUGCACCGUCCCACCUUCCAGCAGAAGCUACGCGCCCACUGGCAGGAGCCCACCAGGACGCCCGUCAUGUGGCUCGGGCUGCUCUACUCCAUCCUGACGCUCGCCAUGCUCAGCUACCACAAGGCCGGCGACGAGCUCCCCCAGUGGAGGGGUCAAGCUCUCGAGAUGGCCUCCCUGUUCCGGCUGCGUACCGUCCAGUGCCUCGUCCGCGCCGACUACACCAAGCCCGUAGAGUAUACGGUCGAGACGCUCAUCCUCUAUACCUUUGGCGAGCACUCGACCCGCUGGGAUGCCGACAUUGGCCUGUGGAUGGUCAUGGCGCUCACUACUCGGACGGCCUUCCGCAUGGGCUAUCACCGUGAUGCCAAGUGGUUCCCGUCCAUCACGCCCUUUCAAGCGGAAAUGAGACGUAGAACUUGGGCGUUGCUAAGAAUGUCCGACGUCAUCUUUUCGCACCAGGUGUCGCUCCCCAACAUGAUCAACGAAAACGAUUGCGAUACGCAGCUGCCCAACAACAUAUACGACGCCGAGUUCUACCCAGACAUCAAGGAGCUGCCGCCGUCGAGACCGGCGACGGAGGCAACACCGCUGUCAUACAUGAUCGCCAAGUCGCGGCUCUGUAACGAGCUGGGAAACAUACUGCAAGCGCUCAACGGCAUCGCCAAGCAUGUCAGCUACGAUGAAAUCAUCCGAUUCGACGCCAGGAUCCGGCAGAUCAUGCGGGAGCUCCCACCGCACCUGAAGCUCACGGCGACGGAGGGCUCCGAGGAGCCGGUGACGCUGCUGCUGGCGCGCUUCAACGUGGACAACCUGGCCCAGAGGAUUCUGUGCCUGCUGCACCGCAGGUACCUGCCCCGAGCGCGACUAAACCCUCGGUAUGCGCACUCGCGCCGCAGCGCCGUCGACGCGUCGAUGCGCGCGCUGAAUCAUCUGGUGACGAUGCACCACGAGGCCAGGCCCGGCGGCAAGCUGGAGUCGGUCAAGUGGUACGUGAGGUCGAUUGCGACCAACGACUUCACCAUGGCGGCCAUACUGCUCAUACUCGAGCUGCACCACGACAACAUGUGGAUGCAGAAGCAGCAGCAGCAGCAGCAGCAGCAGCAGCAGCCGCCGCCGCCGCCGGCGGAUGAGGGCAGCUUCGCCUGGAACCCAGAGCAGAGGAAGCAGAUGAUUGACCUGCUAGAAAAGGUCCAGGACAUCUGGGCCAGCCUAGAAGAAUCGUCCAUGGACGCCCUGAAGGCCUCCAAGGUCACCCAGCUGAUGCUUGGCAAGAUCAAGAAGCCGGCGACCGCCUACGACAGCCUCCACCGGCACAUGGACAUGGACAGUCCCGCCGCCUCGGCACCGAACCCCCCGGGAGCGCGAUUCGGUGGCGACACGUCGGCUGGCAGCGCCGCCCCCAUCUCGGUGGGUCCGUCAGGGUUCCUACCCGACAUGAGCAAGGUCGACGACGACGGCAGCAUGGGACCAGCACCGCCACCCGGCCUGGACAGCGGCCCCUUCAUGGGGAUGGACCUGGGCACGUCACCGUCGACUCAUCAGUUUGACCUGACGGGCGAUGGCGGUGCGGGAUGGGGGGGAGGAAGAGGAGACGUGGACGCCGCCAUGGCGGGAUCCGCGUCGCCGUUUUCCAUACUCAACAUUGACAGCGGGCAGGGCGCGAUGCCCGACUUGAUGGCCAAUCUCGACUGGGGUGCCCUCGAAAACUAUGCACAAGUAGCCAAUUGGAGUGUCGACCUGGGCUUUCCCAUGACCGGGAGCCAAGCGGAGGAAUCAUUCGAAGAGUAUACCUGCAUGGAGGACGACGCA